AUGUCUGAAACAGUUAUGUUUUCUUAUUUUGCCCAAGACCUUUGGCCAGAGCAGAACACAAAUUCAUUUCAAAAAGUGAUACUGAGAAUAUAUGGAAAAUGUGGGGAUGAGAAUUUACCACUAAGAAAAGACAGUAAAAGUGUGGAUGAUUGUAAAAUGCACAAAAGAGUUUAUGAGAAACUUAACAAAUGUUUGACAGCUACUCAGAGCAAAACAUUUCUAUGUUAUAAAUAUGUAAAAGUCUUUUAUAAAUUUUCAAAUUCAAAUAGAUGUAAGAUAAGACAUAAGAUAACUAAAAAGAAACCUUUUAAAUGUAACAAAUGUGACAAAUCAUUUUGCAUGUUUUCACCCCUAAUUCAACAUAAAAGAAUUCAUACUAGAGUAAAUUCCUACAAAUGUGAAGAAUAUGGCAAAGCCUUUAACCUGUCCUCAUAGCUUACUACACAUAAGAUAAUUCAUACUGGAGAGAAACCAUAUAUAUGUGAAGAAUGUGGUAAAACCUUUAACCAGUCCUCACCCCUUACUACACAUAAGAGCAUUCAUAUUGGAGAGAAAUCCUACAAAUGUGAAGAAUGUGGCAAAGUGUUUAACCAGUCAUCAAACCUUACUGUACAUAAGAUAAUUCAUAAUGGAGAGAAACCCUACAAAUGUGAAGAAUGUGGAAAAGCUUUUAAUUACUCCUCAGUCCUUAGUAACCAUAAGAGAAUCCAUAGUGGAGAGAAACCCUUCAAAUGUGAAGAAUGUGGCAAAAGCUUUUGUGACUCCUCAUCCCUUACUACACGUACGAGAAUUCAUAGUGGAGAAAAACUCUACAAAUGUGAAGAAUGUGACAAAGCUUUUAACCAUCCAUCAAAUCUUACUAAACAUAAGAGAAUUCAUAGUGAAGAGAAACCCUACAAAUGUGAAGAAUGUGGAAAAGCUUUUAAUCACUACUCAAUUCUUACUAACCAUAAGAGAAUUCAUACUGAAGAAAAACCCUUCAAAUGUGAAGAAUGUGACAAAGUUUUUAACCAGCUAUCAACCCUUACUAAACAUAAGCGAAUUCAUAGUGGAGAGAAACCCUUCAAAUGCAAAGAAUGUGACAAAGGCUUUUGUGACUCCUCAUCCAUUACAACACAUAAGAGAAUUCAUAGUGGAAAAAAACCCUUCAAAUGUGAAGAAUGUGACAAAGGAUUUUGCAACUCCUCAUCCCUUACAACACAUAAGAGGAUUCAUAGUGGGGAAAAACCCUGCAAAUGUGAAGAAUGUGGCAAAGCUUUUAACCGCUUAUCAACCCUUACUAAACAUAAGAGAAUUCAUAGUAGAGAGAAACCCUACAAAUGUGAAGAAUGUGGAAAAGCAUUUAAUCACUCCUCAGUCCUUAAUAACCAUAAGAUAAUUCAUACUGGAGAGAAACCCUUCAAAUGUGAAGAAUGUGGCAAAGCUUUUAACCAACCAUCAACCCUUACUAAACAUAAAAGAAUUCAUAGUGGAAAGAAACCCUACAAAUGUGAACAAUGUGGGAAAGCUUUUAGCAGUCAUCAACCCUUAUUAAACAUAAGCGAAUUCAUAGUGGAGAGAAACCCUUCAAAUGUGAAGAAUGUGACAAAGCAUUUUGUGACUCCUCAUCCCUUACCACACAUAAGAGAAUUCACAGUGGAGAAAAACCCUUCAAAUGUGAAGAAUGUAGCAAAGCUUUUAACCACCCAUCAACCCUUACUAAACAUUAGAGAAUUCAUAGUGGAGAUACUCCCUUCGAAUGUGAAGAAUGUGGCAAAGUUUUUAACCAGCCAACAAAUCUUAGUGUACAUAAGAGAACUCAUGCUGGAGAGAAGCCUUACAAAUGUGAAGAAUGUGGAAAAUAUUUUAACUAUUACUGGAACCUUACUAGACAUAAGAGAAUUCAUACUGGAUAGCAGCCUUACACAUGUGAAGAAUGUGGCAAAGCCUUUAACUGGUCCUCAAUCCUUAUUACACAUAAGGCAACUCAUACUGCAGAGAAACCCUACAAAUGUAAACAGUGGGGCAAAGGCUUUGGUGUAUUCUCAGCCUUUACUUAACAUAAGAAUUAAUGCUGAAGAGAAACCCUGUACAAAAGUGAAGAAUGUGGCAAAGGCUUUUGUGAAUCCUCAGCCCUUAGUAAACAUAAAAGAAUUCAUACAGAAGCAUGUGGGAAAGCUUUUUACCAGUCCUUAA